GUGAAAGAGAUGGCGUCCCAGCCGCCGCCUCCCCCCAAACCCUGGGAGACACGCCGAAUUCCGGGGUCCGGGCCAGGACCAGGCCCCGGCCCCACUUUCCAGUCUGCUGAUUUGGGUCCUACUUUGUUGACAAGACCUGGACAACCAACACUUACCAGAGUGCCCCCACCUGUUCUUCCAAGGCCAUCCCAGCAGACGGGAAGCAGCAACCUGAACUCUUUCAGACCUGCGUACAGUUCAUUUUCUUCUGGAUAUGGAGCCUAUGGGAAUUCGUUUUAUGGAAGCUAUAGCCCUUAUAGUUACGGAUAUAAUGGGCUGGGGUAUAACCGCUUCCGAGUAGACGAUCUUCCACCUAGCAGGUUUGUCCAGCAAGCUGAAGAAAGCAGCAGAGGAGCAUUUCAGUCCAUUGAGAGUAUUGUGCAUGCCUUUGCCUCUGUCAGUAUGAUGAUGGAUGCGACCUUCUCCGCUGUCUACAACAGCUUCAGGGCUGUGUUGGAUGUAGCAAAUCACUUUUCCCGAUUGAAAAUACAUUUCACCAAGGUGUUUUCAGCUUUUGCCUUAGUUAGGACUAUACGGUAUCUUUACAGACGGUUACAAUGGCUGGUAGGUUUAAGAAGAGGCUCUGAGAAUGAGGACCUGUGGGCAGAAAGUGAAGGAACCGUGGCUUGCCGGGGUGCUGAAGACAGAGCGGUUAACUCAGCAAAAUCCUGGCCAAUAUUCUUGUUCUUUGCUGUUAUCCUUGGUGGGCCUUACCUUAUCUGGAAACUGCUGUCUACCCAAAGUGAUGAAAUUACAGACAACACUAACUGGGCAAGUGGUGAAGAUGAUCAUGUAGUUGCUCGAGCAGAGUAUGAUUUUGCUGCUGUGUCUGAAGAAGAGAUCUCUUUCCGUGCCGGUGAUAUGCUCAACCUAGCUCUCAAAGCCCAACAGCCCAAAGUACGUGGCUGGCUUCUGGCCAGUCUUGAUGGUCAAACCACAGGACUUAUCCCUGCUAACUAUGUCAAAAUUCUUGGUAGAAGACGAGGUAGAAAACCAGUGGAGUCGAACAAGCUCUCCAAGCAACAACAAUCUUGUCCCAACACAGCCCUAAGAGGCGCCACUGCUGCUCCUUCUUUGGAUGAACAGGAAGCUGCCUUCGAAGCUGUUUUUGUGGAAAAUAAUAAGGUUCCAGAUGUACCUGAUUCUACUGGGGAAAGUGGGGAUAAACAAGAUCUGUGAUCUCUUUCGUGUUUGCAGUCGAGAACUUUAGCGUGCUUUUAAAAGUGGUUUCUUACAAACACUAAUCUACCGUAAUGAAAACAUUGGUUAAUGGGUAUUUCAGGUGUUUUGCUACUAGGGGGUAUUGGAAUGGUACACUGGUAUGUUGGUCUAGCAGCCAGACUGCAUUUCACAAGUCAUUGGACUAUGAGGACACUUGUUUCCCCCAGACUUUAAUGUGGCGAUUCCUCUCAUUUUCAUCCUUCCUACAGCCCUAGGCUUAAUGAGAGAGUAACAGUAGUGAACUGUACAACACAGCGUGUUGUAGUAGGAAUCAUUAAAACUUGAAAAAUUCUAUGUUAGCUAACUCAGGAUCCUCAGAAAUGAGUGGAAGCAUGUAAUUAUGAGAACCAGGCCAUGAAGUGUGUGUUCUUUUUUUAUAGCUUUCAGUAAACUGUCAAAUCUGCUAUCUGUUUUAUUUCCCAAUAAUUGGUUUGUAUUAGGCAGUAAAAUGUUUUGCCUCUAAACCGUACUAUCACCUUUUAGUACUGUUUUCUUGUUUCUUUCUUUUUCAACUUUAAAGGAGACUUGAAGCAUUGUGAAGGAGGCAGUUCUAAUGUAAUAGGGCCUGUAGCCCUGAUAACAGCCCCCCGACUAGUUCAAGGGCUGAAAUGCAGCUUUUCUGAGAGAUUGUUUCUAUUUCCUCUAAGGGAUCAUAUAACACUUUAUCCCUCAAUAUGACAAGUUUUCCACCUGAAUCAAAUCAGAAUAUAUAAAAUUUUCCUUCAGUCAAGACUCCAGUUCUUUGAGUCUAUAGUUGAUGUCUUAAUCAGUUUUGACUAACAAAUUUUAAUCUUUUCUUUCUACAUUUGUAUAAUUACCUUUUAAAAUUUCAUACUUACGCUGUUCUUUCAAUAUUGAAAAUUUCUUGUGUUGGUCAUACAGUUCAUUUAGAUUUUACUACUUAAACAAAAUAAAAUACCCAAUGACUACUUAGAA